GGACGCCGCGCCGGCAAGACGUGAAUUGCGACGAGCCCUUCGAGUUGGCUCGCAGCUUGCUUAAGCUCACUACUAGCGUCUGUAGCUCCGCGUUUAACCGAACCAUGUAAUAGUGGCUGAUGUUUGCUGGCAUGUGAUCAAGACGGAAGAAGAAGACGCGGAGGAAAAACUGUCAAAUCCGUCAAAUUGUGCUCGCGCCCGCGAUGCAAGUGCAGUGUGCGAGUAAUAAAACCGACCAGUGCUGCAAAAGCACAUGACACUCUGAUGAGGACGGUGAUGUUGGUGAAAACGACGACGACGACGAUGGAGAGACGGCAGCAGAAGGAUUCGCCUAAUUUGCGAACGUGCGAACUGCCGUCGGCUCGCGAGGAAAACUAAAAGUGUCACACACACACACGCGGGAAAGUGAGAUUGCGCGCGGUAAUUUUCUUCGCCGCGGUGCACGACCGAUUUGUGUGUGCGAUUAAUUGUCGAGUGAUUAAUCGAUUCACCGCUGAGGGGACGGAAAGACGAAGGAGACCGAGACGACGGCGACAUUAGUGUGUGGUGGAAUUGAUUCUCGAUUUGCACUGCCCUCGGGGAGCAAAACAUUAAACAACGAAAACAAAAAAUCAGCAAAAAAUAUGAAACGCCAAAGGCUACACUUGGCCGUUCUGCCACUGUUUCUGCUCCUAGCUGCCACCCUGGUCCAAACUUCGGCCAAAACGUUCCAGAAUGAAGCCAUCGAAAGGCACCAGCACGGUUGUCCCCGGCCGCAGAGGACGCCACAGUCGGGGGCUGGAGGACGAACUAGCCAACAGUGGCGGACGGUCAUUGACGAGUGGUCCAACACGGUUCCGGCCACGAUUCUAGGUCCCGAUAAGCCGGUGCUGAUGGUGGCCAGCGAGGUCAGAAUGAGAUAUGUGAUACAUCUUGCGGAAACGGAUCCACUUUCCAUCGUGGUCACGCCAUCCUGCAGGCCCUCCGCGGUAGGGGAAAUUCGUUGGACGGUCGUCUUCAACGAAACGGAAAUUCUCGGAACUUACAACGCGCUCAACCACAGCUCGUUCGAGCUGUCAUGCGCGACUCGUGGAAUCUACCACGUUUGGGUGGAAUCGAAAGGUUGCACGGCGGAGAUCUACUACAACACGCGAAGUCUCGUCGACCUGUGGCCAAUGCUGAACCGUACACUCUCGCCUAUCAAAUUCCACCAGCAUCCCCGACGGCAGCAGUUUCUGGUCAAGUGGGAAAAGAGCAAGUUCGACAUCCACGCCAUGCACUACUGCCUGGUGGUCAGCCGGGAUCGACCUCAGCGGACACUCUGCCAGGCGCUGGCAAACUCCGCGUUUGGGUCACGUUGCGGCAUGUCUACGUUUGAGAUUCUUCACCGAAUGUCCGUUGAGGAAGAGAAGAAGAUUCCUCAGGAUGUCCAGACUACGAUCGCUUGUACGAGCUCACGAACGAAGCAGAUGAUCAAGGGACUGAAACCAAAUACCACCUACUUCUUGGAAGUCUUUGCAAUACACACUCACAAGCAGAACCUGUCCUACCUCCUUGGUGCUACGAUGAUCCACGUCAACAGGACUCGUCCAACGCAGCUGAUCGAGGGUAAACUUGCCGUUGGAAAGCUCUCCACGUUGGGAGGCUUGGCUUUGUUCAGCUUUAAGAUACCUAAGAAGUCACCUAAAAACACAACGCUUAAACUCAUGGUAACGCCGUGCAUUGGAACCGUCAACGUGGAGAUAUUCCGCAAGAAGCGACAAGCCAUCAAACCAAUCAUAGACGUGUACUACCCACGGGUCAUCACCAUUGAACACGCUGUACCAGGAGAACGCUAUCAGAUCCAGAUCACCGAAGCGGACGAACACUACCGCACGAACCGGAUACAGAUCGUGGCCAGUACAAAGGACGAGUUCCUGAACAUGCCACAGCUGCCGGAUAAUACGACAGUGGUUGAGGUGACCCAGUUGAGGACUUGUCACGCUACGACGAUCGCAUGGUACAGUUCGCCGGACAAGAGGAAGAUCAGAUACUGCACGUACAUCUUCAAGCAGCACACGAAGCACCAGCACUACAGCAACGUCAAGAUGCCAUCGUACUGUGAGCUGGAGAAUCGGGAUAUCUACCAGCAUCCGCAGCUGCAGCAGACGCACUGCAUCUUUUCGGAUCAAGCCAACCACACCGAACCCGUCCCCAUGUCCAUGUCCAUCAGCAACCUGGCCCCGGCCCACUACUAUCUGAUCUUCGUGACGGCCAGCCUCGGUGGCUCAGGCGGAAGUCUCCCGUACCGCUCGGCCCGCGUCAAAACGCAUCCUUACUGCCGGGAAAGCGCGCAGCAACCCUCGGGCAAGUCGCAACAGCUCCGAACCGGUCCGUUUGCCAAGAAGCAACAGCAGCAGCCGAGGGGCCACUUGAAGGGAGGCGCUUCUUCGCACCAUAAGCCACUGCCCCAGGAGAGGCGGAACAACCGACUCAAGAGGAAUCGCGACCAGGAGGAGGAUCAACGCUAGAGGAAAACUCCGCCGUUAAUUGAUUUGGCACCGGCUCAAACCCGGGGCAGACACUUGUUCCUAUAUAGAAAGCAAAAGGAUAUGGGAUAUGUUGAUUUAUGAAGCUUUCCCGUUCCAAGCGCGCGCACACACACUUACAGAGAGCACACAUACACGCACACGCGCACACACUUGAGAGGCGUUUAUUGGCAGUUAAAUUUUUCGGUUCCAUGCUAGACGACAGCGACGACACUGAAAGAAGAUUUAUCUCCUGCGGAUUUGUAACGCACUCGGCAGCAGGAAAAGCAGUGAAAGUGAAAUAAAAUUUGUAUUGCUUUAAUAAAUUAGGGAUGUCCCGACGUUCAGCAGCCCCGCUAAGUAUGAAGACAGUGCAGAAAUGUUGUAAAAUUUAUGACAAAAAACCGGAAGGAUACACUUUCGCAGCUUCCAGAGUUGGUCCUUCUUUCGGCAGCAGAGCUUAACCAUAGACAGAGACACAUGUAACGACAGGCGCAACAAACGCAACAUUUUGUAGAGAGCUUUACCCAGUUUUAUUUUUCAUUUCUUAUGUUCUGUAUAGUAGAUGUUAAGGAAAAAGAUUACACAUGCUAAACGCAACGCAACAUUUAGUGUUAAACAGUUUUAGACAGUAAGAGUAAGUCAUCCAACAGAAAUGUGGAGACGAACCCCCCUUUCUGGCUUAUAUAUUCGUUUUAUGAGCGCCAAUUACUUCUAUUCUCCGGAAGAAUAUUUAUUCAAUUGAUAUUUUAUACAUGUAAUUAUUCUAUUCUAAGAAUUUAUACAGAAAUAAACAAGCACACACACAGUUCUUAAUUGAA